CGCGAAAAGGGCGAUGCUCUUCGUAUCGUACGCCAAUUCCAAUCCUCUGAGAAUACGCGGUCGAAUUCAGCUUCACUGGAUCGAAGGAGUUGGUAAUUUCUUUCAAUUACUAUUACUGGUAGCUCGAUAACGCCAUGCCAAGAAGGUACAGUAAUUGUCAACAUCAAAAACUGAAUUGGGAUGCAUGAUGGGAGGGAGAUUUAACUUCAUCCCCUGAACCUGCAAAAUGGAACUGUAUCCGCGAUUUGCAGCGUUCUAGUUAGGAUCCCGAAUAGCUUCCUAGACGCUAUUCCCGUGCCGAAGCCGGGUUUACGGCCUUUGCUCUAAGGGCGCACUUCUCCCGUCUAUUGAUGAGAAAAUGAUAAUGAACAAGUCAGGUCAAGUAUUUUAUGACUAAUAGCGAUGGCGCCAUCUGCUCUUAGUUCGAUAUGUCACAAUAAAGGCGUUGGUAAGAGCUAGUAUAAAGAGAGUGGACGAUACAACUAAUCCUCUGAGAUGAGUAAAUUAUGCAUUUACCCGCGCCAAGGUAAUCAAUAAACCCAGCCACGUCGCGAAAAUGAAGUCUGUAAACACUGCGAAGACAGCACUGAUCAUCAUCGAUGUUCAGGAUGGCUUUUUCCACCCGACACAUUGGGGUCCCAGCCGCAGCACGCCAGAUUUCGAGAAGAAUGUCACGCUUCUGUUAAAGGCGGCCCGGGAACACAACGAGAAGCAGGGCGAAGGCACAGAGGAAGCAUCAAACACGGUGGCCAUCUGCCACGUUCACCACCACAGCACCGAACAAAACUCACCGCUUCGCCCCGGCGCCAAGGUCGAAAUAAACGGCAAGCUUAUCGAAGGAUCGCAGCCUCAGUCAUUCGCGCAACCGCAACAGGGAGAGCCGCUCUUCAUCAAGCACGUCCACUCGUCUUUCGUCGGUACCGGGCUAGAAACUUAUCUCAAAGACCGAGGAGUCAGACAACUCGUCCUUAUCGGCUUGACGACGGAUCACUGCGUUAAUACGACUACGCGCUUUGCGAACAACCUUGGAGUUGUUUCCGCAACUAGCCUAAAUGGCGAACUAGAUGAAGGCGAUAUCGUCGUCGCUAGCGAUGCAUGCGCUGCUUGGUCAAAGGGAGGCUUUGAUGCGGAGACUGUGCAUAAGGUGCAUCUUGCAAGUUUGAAAGGGGAGUUUGCACAGGUUGAGAAGACACAAGAUAUCCUGCGCAUCGUAUUUGGAUGAUCCCAUCUACGGUUGAAAUUCCUAGUUCUUUCGUUGAUUACUCUAGAUAUCUAGGCCCGUAUGCACUCGAGAAUCAACGCGAUAACCUAUUCAAACUGUUGGCCCAGCAU